GUCUUAUUCCUUGGUAGUCCUUGUUUUGCCAACUACACAGCGUCCACCGACAUAUUUUUGGAGGACUUAUAAGUUUGGCUUGAUCAAUAAAUAGCCACCACUAGAAGCCCAUAUCACUCACUUAAUUAGUAAAGACUUUUGGUCAAGGUCAACAGUAUGAGCGUUAGAAGAGAAGAUGGCGAAGACAGCCAAACACGAAACAACGAAGGACGAGGCUGUGGAGUUGAUCGAGUAGGAGCGGGUGUUGCCGCCGUUACGGUGGACGGCAGCAAGAAGAGGAAUAAUAACAAGCUUUUGAUACUGGACGUUAAUGGCGUCCUCAUUGACAUCGUUAGGACCGUUUCUGGCCGUCGUUACGAAACUAAAACGAGGCCAUUCUGUGAGGAUUUUUUGCAAUUCUGCCUGGAGAAUUUUGAUGUUGGCAUCUGGUCAUCUGCACCCAAGAAAUAUUUAGACAAUACUGUUGAUGAUUUAUUGGGAGAUGAGAAGAAAAAGUUAAUAUUCUGCUGGGAUAAGAGUUAUUGCACCGAGACAGGGUUUAUGACUCCAGAGAACAAUUGAUGAUUCACCAUACAAAUCCUUGCUCAAUCAUGCUCACUCUGCAAUCUUUCCUCAUUCCUAUGACUCCACAAUCAUGAAUGACAACUCAUUAGGUCCCGGAGGUGAUCUUCGAGUUUAUUUAGAAGGACUAGCGGCGGUGGAUGAAGAUGAAGAUGUGAGGAAAUAUGUUGAGGAUCACCCAUUUGGGCAAAGAGCCAUUCAUGAAACAUGCCCAAACUGGGAAAUUUACUUGCAAAUUAUUGCAUCCCUCACCACUUCUUCAUGAUAAAAUCUCAUUGAAUUGGUACUCUUGACUUUCUGUUUUCCAUGUUUACAUAUGUUCCAUUUUCAUUUUGAAUCUUAAGGGAUAUUGGCUUUCGUGUGAUUAAACAAACCAAAACGGU